AUGACGUUGACGUCAUCUCAGGCUACGCACGGAUCGGUCCAAGCUUGUAUGGAGAGGAGUUUGAGCGUCUUCUGGAGCAAACGGAACGGAAAUACACCACAUAUCGCGCAAGGAUGUCACAGCCCAAUCUGCAUAGCAGGUCUCGUCAUUGGAGCACGAGUUAUCUCGAAACCGACGUUGACACUGGAAAGCCUGAAAUGA